AUGAGGAUGGCCGUGGGCUCCGUCAAGAUGCAGCCGCCGCCGUGCGAGAGCCCGGCGCUGGCCCGGGCGGUGGCGGCGGCGGCGGCGGACAGCGCCCUGCGCCGCAGCCCCAGCGCCCGCGAGCCCGAGCCCGAGCCCGAGCCCGAGCAGCCGGCCGCCCCGCCGCGGCCGCGGCUGCGGGACCUGCCGGCGCUGCUGCGGAGCGGGCUCACGCUGCGGAGGAAGCGGAGCGUCGGCGGCGGCGGCCGGACUCUCCAGAGAAGGAUUUCCAAUCCAUACCUCGAGCACACUUCUUCCCAGAUUUAUGGGGAGAAUUCUUCUUGUGCAGGAAGAGCACUGAGGAAUAUCAUUAUCGUCCAGGCAGCUGAUCUGAUCAAGGACAGAGUGAACCUCAAGGGAUUUUACAGGCGAAGCUGUGUUGGAUCAGAACUGGUCGACUGGCUUCUGGAACACUGUCCUUUCGUCCAGUGCAGAUCCAUGGCCAUAGGGGUCUGGCAGCUCCUACUGGACAUGGGGAUUCUGUCAUCAGUGGAUCAGCAUUUAUACUUUCAGGACACCUACGUUUUCUAUCAGUUUUCAUCUGAUGAAUGUAGCUAUCUAUACUGUGAGUUCGAACGAGAAGAAGAAUGGCAAAAUGGUGUCAAAAUGUUACUGCAGCUUGUGCCUGUCAUUCGCACCAGAGCUGGCCUCUGUGAACUGUCUCAUCGGAAAAUCGAAGACUCGGAAGAAAGCAGUGAUGAAAUUCUUGCGCGUCUAACGUCUGCGGUGCAGAGGGAGCUAGCAGCUGUCAUUGCUUUGAAAGCAAAGAAAUCUGCAAUUGAACAAGACGAGGAGAGCAGUGACAAGCACAUACCCACGGCAGAAGCUGACGGUGCUCCAGAUCCUCAGGCAGGGGUGAUGUGCAAGCUUCAGGGGAGAGAGGACAUCGGGCGCAUCGAGCUGGUCCAGAAGCUGGCGCGGGAGAACUGUCAGUUUUUGCAGACGGACAGAAAAGAACAGGACAAAUCUGAACACGAUGGUGAGGUGACCACAGUCAGGGAGCAGGAGCAGAGCGUCCUGGUGCUGAGGAAGGUGCAGCGUGGUGGCUCGGCCCCCCCAGGAGGGAGUGCCGACAGCGAUUGGAGGUGA